AUGCGGCCCCACGGAUGCGAGCGUUGCGGCAAAUGUUUCUCUACGAAGUUUGCGUUGAGAGGACAUUUUAACUCCGUGCAUUUGAAGCAACGUCCCUACACGUGUGAACAUUGUCGUAAAUCGUUUUCUGAGAAGGCCAUUCUGCAAAGACACCACAAAUCUUUUCAUUCGAAAGAUGGGCACUCAGCUUCGAAUCAUACUGCAGUUUCACAAGAGGAAUUGAAGCCGGAGGCAUAG